AAGCUCAAGCAUCAUUUCAAUGUAAACAUAUCAUUAUCAAAUCAUCACUUUCUGGCCUAUAAAAAGAUCACUUGACAACAUCAUUUAUCUUAUUUGCUUUUGCUUGUGAAGUGCCAAAACUCGUAUUAGAGAAAAAGAGAGGAAGGAAGCAUAUCAAAGAUGAAACCCAACAUUUCCUUUUUGUCUAAGUUUUUGAUACUGCAAUAUCUAUCAGUUGUAUGCCUUUCUCAGGAUUUUGAUUUCUUCUACUUUGUUCAGNAGUGGCCAGGAGCAUACUGUGACACAAAGCAGAGCUGCUGUUAUCCCAAGACUGGGAAACCUGCAGCAGAUUUCAGCAUUCAUGGACUCUGGCCCAACUACAAUGAUGGCUCAUGGCCCUCAAAUUGUGAUCCUGACAGUGUCUUUGAUAAAUCUCAGAUCUCAGACCUCGUUAGCAGCAUGGAGAAGAAUUGGCCAUCCCUGAGUUGCCCAAGUAGCAAUGGCAUGAGGUUCUGGUCACACGAAUGGGAAAAACAUGGCACCUGUGCAGAAUCUGAGCUUGAUCAGCAUGAGUACUUUGAAGCAACUCUCAAACUCAAGCAAAAAGUAAACCUCCUUCAGACCCUCAAGAAUGCAGGGAUUGAACCAGAUGAUGGAUUUUACAGCCUAGAAAGCAUUUCAGAUGCUAUAAAAGAGGGUACUGGGUUUGCCCCAGGGAUUGAAUGCAACAGAGAUUCAGCACAUAAUAGUCAACUUUACCAAGUUUAUGUAUGCGUGGACACUUCUGCCUCAAAUCUCAUCGAGUGUCCUUUGCUUCCAAAGAGCAAAUGUGGUUCACAAAUCCAAUUUCCCAAGUUUUAACAAAAUUUACUUAGUUCAGUACAAUUUGUUUUUCCUUUCGGUACUUAGCUAUCACAUGAUGACUAUACAUGCAGUCAUGUUUGUGCCUUUCAAAUUAAUAAAUGUUUACUGCCAAAUGUCCUCACAUUGCAUUUGGAGGACUGAAUAGCCACCAAGUUCUUUGAGUCAUUGAUGUAUUAAUAUUUAAUACAAAAUUUAGUGGUUGAGAUCAAUUUGAGAAAUUCAAUAUCAAGGUGAAUUUUAAUUA